CGUCUAUGCCCUUAUGGUUAAGUAGCUUUGAAGAAGAAAUUGACACUUACAUUUUUAUUUCAUCACGUGAUAAUAAAUUAUAUUUAGGUAUAUUAAGAACUUAUGAUCAACAUGGGAAUGUUUUUUUAACUCACUGUGUUGAAAAAAUAAUCGUUCCUGAAAAAAAUUAUUUUUCAGACGUAUAUGUGGGAAAUUUAAUUAUUAGGGGAGAUAAUAUUGCCUAUUUUGGAUCUGUAGAUGAAGAAAAAUAUUGUAAAAUGUUCGACUAUACUUUAAAAAAUGAUAAUGAUGAGAAACAUAAUAAUAUGGACAUGAUAAAAAAUAAAAAAGAAUAUUCAAGCAGUGAAAAUAUUAUUCUAGAAUAUAAACCAAUUAAUCAUAUAUUAAAAUUCAUACCAGAAAAUAAUGCUGAUUCUUCUAUAUUCGAAAAUUAA